AUGCAACACCUCUGCAACCUCUGGAUCUGGCUGUUUGUAACCGCCCUCCAUCACACAGCUCACACACGUGUGCCCGGUCUGACGAGAGAGAGAGCGUUCGUCAGCGGCAUUAAUACUUCACCUCUGUUGAACGAUGACCGCAACGAAGUGGACAUCUUGCUAGACUUUGUGGGAGAGCCUCCUCUCCCGCCCACCUCCGUGUACACUAAGGCAUUCAGCAGUGCGACAAGUUCGACAACAUCGACCUCUGUAGACCGGCCGAGCCGCCCUCAAGCUGAUCGCAGUCUCGUUGGUUCGAUGGCCUCAAAGACACAUCCGCAAGAUCACUCAAAAGCCGGUAAGAGUAGAAGACUGUCGACAGACGCUGUUGUGGACAACGUCCUGCAAGCGUAUAAAAGAGUUCUCGACAAGACUGUACGGGGCUCGCUUCAGUGCAAAAACGGCACCACCUUGCUACUUAGAGCUUUGUGUGCGCUCUGGGCUCGGCAAGUUGUGGACAGUGUACGCCAUUGUAGCGCACCACCUUCCACAAGGAAAAGUUUAGCGAAUUACAUCGUGAAGAACGUUUUGUCCGAGGAGCACCUGUUUGUCCCAGAGAACGACUGGUCUGAGCAUCUCGAAGACGUCCUGUGCACCUGCUACUAUGCCAUAGUGAAAACGGUCACAGACACCACCCGCUGCCACGAGUGCGAAGUAAUUAUUGACGAGAUUGUUUUUGCAUUUCUAGUAGAAGACCUGCUGACAGACAUUCUGAGUUCUGAACAAAAAACAUACGUCACUGACGCAGUCGGAAGGCUGUUGGACCUGAGUGGGAUUUCGAACAAGAAGCAGAGUGUCUGGGAAGCUUUGUCUACUGGAAAGCAAAACCUGCGCGUUAGCAAAAAGAUUCAUAUUGACGGUAAAAAAACAUCGGAACAAAGUCUACAUUCAGAAAGGUCAUUUGUGGCUGCCAUUUUCGGCGAUACGGUGAUUAAUGGUGGUGAGAAGUCGAGGUGGGAGCGAAGUCCCAGUCAUAUUGUCAGCAAAGGGAAUGAAAAACGUUCCAUUCCUUUUGAUUAUGAAGAGUUCCUUCCGUUUGGGGAGUCAAGGCUACCAACACACUUUUAUGAGUAUGAAGCUGAAAUUUCUCAUGAGUCUUUCGAUUUGGAAAAAAAUGGAAAGCAAAGCUCUUUAGAACAGAGUUACCGAUCGUUAGAAACAGCUGGCGGCGCCCAUAUCGAAGAAUAUUCAGUUGAAGACUCUGAAGAUCUCCUGUCAACGGAACGAUAUCAACUUCAUGGAUUCACCAAAUUUGGACAUGAAAUAAGGGUGUUUUCCACAAAUGUAGAAUCGCCGCAGGCCGCCGUGGCCGAGCAGUUCUAG